AUGAUAAACUACGAAGACAUGGGCAACGAGGUAGAGGCAGAACCAGAACUUACGUUCCAGAUGUUGCGAACUGUGAACGAGAUCUUCAUGCGCCGAUUACCACAUAUAGGCAAAUAUACUGAUAUGAGCUCGGAUGACCUAUGGGGUAUAUGCGCCAAUUUACCGUACAAAGGCACAAGACGUGGAUGGCAAUUGCAAAGGCUAUAUCCGAACGAGAUCUUAUAG